AUGCCGCUAUUGAACGGAAAGAAUAAAAGCAAGAAACCAAAAUUCCUUCUGACUUUACGAAUCAAUGAGCUUAUCAAUAUACCGCAGUCUUCAGGGUAUUGCUAUGUCAAGUGGCAUUUGAAGGAGGGAACCGGAACUUCGACAUCAGGCCCGAUUGUAGAUUCGAAUGGGGAAGAGAUCCACGUUAUGAAUCAGAGCCAUGGCGCAACGCCUAGGAUCAUGGUGGAAAACCAUCGUGCCAGAUGGAAUUACGAAUUCGAAAGACCGCUCCAGAUCAAAAUGCAGGUGGAUAGAAAUAGAGAACUAAUAUCCAAGGUACUGUUGCUGGAGGUAUUCUUCGAAUUUCUGUCAGAUAGUGAGGGAAAUAAGCCUCGAAGGUCAAACUCAGGGUCCUACCCUGCGAAAAGCAGCCCAAACAAUGUUUAUACUCAGAAAGCUACUGGUAAGCUGCUUUUGGGUAUGGUGAGCCUCAACCUUGCGGAGUACGUGAGAGAAGACGAGCAGGCAACGACAAAUCGGUUUCUAUUGAAGAAGUCCAAAGUGAAUUCGAUCCUGAAUGUCAUGGUACAGAUUAAACUGAUAAGAGGAAGUUACAGAGAUUUCCUGGUGUCCAGGAGUUUGGUACCUGGGGCUCUGCGGUCGGGUAUUAAUGAUAUUUUGGAUGACUCCUCUGAUAUGGGAUCGUCGACUUCGUCUGCCUUCCAGCCCUCAGUGUCGUCGCCAUUGAGAAACAAGUUUAGCAUGGGCCAACGAAAGACCGUAGGCAGCAGCUUCGCUUCUACAGAGAGGUCGAAGAACUUUAUAUCGGCUUCCAUGAGUCCCCUGGUUGAUAGCCUCUACCAGAAGACAUUCCAACUGCCUUGGGAUCCAAGACCUGGCGAAUUCACGCCUAGAGAGUGUGUUGAAGACAUCCUUCAGGGGGGGAAUGGAUGGGCAAAGAAUGAGAAAGGGAUAUGUCUAAUCGAUUUACAGGCUCUCCGACUAAACGAGCUGGAAAGCGACUAUUAUGAUAAGCACAGAAUUGGACAAGUCUUGGGAAGCACAGAGGGAGAUGGGAGCAGUGUUGGUCAAAGUGCGACGAACUAUGAGCACAUGGAUAAGCGAGAGUUUUUGGAAAAGAAACAACUUUGGAGUCGGAAAUCGUCCCAGCAACGAAGGAGCACUCAGGAGAACGAGGGGAUUAAUAGCAAGGGUUGUCCAGAGAUGGAUGGUUACGCGGAGGAUGUCCCAAACGAUAGGAUACGAGAUGCUAGAAGCUGGUCGGUAAGCAACGUUAUAACUUGA